AUGGCUAGGAAAAGAAAGGCUGCUGAAGAGGUGGAUGAGCAAAAUUCUGGCGAAGGAAACAUGGCUUGGGAUGAGAUGGUGAAGGAAGCAGCAGCUGCUGCCGCACUAGGCGGAACGAGGCAGGCUCGGAAGAGAUUUGUGGGGGUUAGACAAAGACCAUCAGGCAGAUGGGUGGCUGAAAUAAAAGAUACAAUUCAAAAGAUAAGGGUGUGGUUGGGCACCUUCGACACGGCCGAGGAAGCUGCAAGGGCCUAUGAUGAGGCUGCUUGCUUGCUUCGUGGUUCCAACACUCGCACAAACUUCUGGCCUUGUUCUCCGUCACCUAACUCAACUCCAGCUCUUCCCUCAAAAAUUACUAAUCUCCUUCUUCGUAGGCUUCAAGCCAGAAAUAACGCUUUAGCUUCUUCAUCUACCUCUUCUGUGCCCAUUAAUCAACAAGAAAACCAAGAACAAGAGUAUAAAGAUGAAGAAACUGAUUUUUCAGAUGCCCAUUUCACUGAUUUCCUCAAUGAUCCUGAAGAAUUUAACCCGGAAAACAAUAUGAUCACUAGUACUACAGCAAGUACUAGUGACUAUACCACCACAAGUUUUGAAUCAUGUUUAACUGAAAAAGAUAAUUGUGAGGUGGGAGACAUCGAUUUGGACUAUAACUGGAGUGAUGUAGCUAACUCUUCUGGUGGUGAGGCUAUUGGAGGAAGGGACAGAGAAGAAGAUGGUGAAGAGGAGAUCACUGAUAUGGGGGUUGUUGAUCUCCAAUUUGUUGAUGAAGUUGGAUCAUGUUACUGUUCUCCUUUUGAGAUUGCUGAAGAGAUAGCACAAGAGCAUAUUGAGCAGGAAGGUUAUGGGGAUGAGCCAUCGAUGCUAAGCGAGGCUAUGAGGAGGAUGAAAUAUGAACGUAAGUUCUCGGCUUCUCUUUAUGCCUUCAAUGGAAUACCUGAGUGCUUGAGGCUGAGGCUAGGAUCAGGUAGUGUCCAGCAAAGAGGACGGUCUGAUCAAUUGGCAUAUCUCCGAAAUGCAUGCAAGAAGAACCAAGAGGAGGAGAAGAAAGAAGAUAUGGAGGUGAUCAAGAGGAAGCAGGACGAAAACCAGGAAACAAUGGUGGACACGGGGACUAACGACGGUGAAUUGUCAAUAUGGAGCACCCUUGAUCUCCCACCCAUAUGCUUCGUUAUUUAG